AACAAAAGAAUCUUUAAAAAAAAUGCGCCAAUAACCAUAGCUAGAAGAAGAAGAAAAUUUUGCAGAAUAAUACCAAUCACAAGCGUAGAGCAAAUGUUUUAUGGAGAGUAAAUAAAUGUAAACUAGAAAUAAGAUAGAGAGAAAAAAAAAAAAAAAAGUAAGUGUAAAGUUGAUAGAACUUAAUAGAAAAACGGUGGCCACACAAAAAUGGAAAUCAACCAAGAAAAGCAUCAAAAGUUGCACUAUUUUGUCUUUGUGCUACUGGCGGUGUAUUAUCAUCAAUGUUUAGGGGAACCUAUUAUAACAACGAGCACCGAUAACCCGCAACCAAUAGUCGCGGCUUCAGAGGCAACUUUGUUAACGACACCGCAACUACAAUUUGAUCAGGCUUCCGUUGCUGUCAUACAUGAUAGCGAAUACAAUGAAGCGAACGAUUUAAUUCCAGAUAAUAGCGAUAUUAAUGACGUAGUGCCACCACUAGCGGGCAUUAAAGUCAAUAAAUUGAAAUUGACAAAGAAUCGUUAUAAAAUUAUAGCAAUUAGUACGAAUUGUACGCGUGACUUGUUUGAAAUCCGCCUUGAAUUGAAUCGAGCCUUUCACGGUCUUAUGUAUGCCAAAGAUUUUGCGCAUGAAUGUCGUGCCAGAGGGAAAACUGAGAAUAAUAUUACAUUACGCUUGCCAACAUCAGGAUGUGGCGUUCGUGUCGAGCCCCGCCAAGAUGGUACAAUGGAGUUGUCUGUACGCGUUAUGCUACAAAUUGAAGAAAAGCUCAGACAAUCAUCGGACAUAUUAAGGACUAUACGCUGUAAAUUACCAUUGAAUGCAAUGGGCUUAACCCUGAUAACGCCAAGAGAAUCUCAUGGCUACACGGGAUUUAGAAAUGGUCGGAUGCAAACUAAAACACAUAAUAUAACAGGCGAUGGUAAUCUUAGGCAAGCAACCAGAACAACAACAUCAUCUGAUGUGAAACCUCAACUAAAUGAAUUUGAUACGACUAUACAAAAUAUGACGGUGACAAAGUCUCAAACACAACAACAACAACAACAACAGCAGCAGCAUAGGCAUAGUAAUGGUUAUCACUAUCAUCGAAGUUCGUCAACGACACCGCGUGUUCGUAUUUGGCUUGAAUUGGGCGGCCCUGAUGGUUCCGGUUCAGUUGUUGUAGGUCAAGCAACAACACUUACAGUGCGUGCCAUAGUGCCCGGCAGUAUGGGUGUACGUAUAGUUGAUUGCGCUGCUUUAGACGGUUUAGGCGAAUCGACACAACAACUCUUAGACGAGAGAGGCUGUCCUAUAGACGAACAGGUAAUGCCUGCUUUACAUACGCAUUUUAAGCCGGCUGAAGAAGGCUGGUCUAAGCAAGAUGAAGAUGAUUUACAAGAGAAAACUUUUACAGCCACAUUUCCGGCUUUCAAGUUUCCAGAUCGUGAACGUUUGCAUGUUAGUUGUGGAGUACAGCUAUGCAAGGGACAUUGUCCAAAUGUUAAUUGCCGCACCGAAGAAAAACUAAUUUUAAGCAUCGAUAAACAUUUGGCACGCAUUGAUGUCUUUAAUUCGCUAGCAGUGACAGCGCCGCAAAUUGAAGUCGAUCGGUUGCGUUAUGACAGAUGGCAUAAUAUGUCGGUCGAAGAGUAUCCUCCUUACGUAAGGCCAAUAGUAAAUGACGGUACAUUAUGUUUAUCGGUUUCCAAGCUGGCUUUAUCGUUUUGCAUACUGGGUUUAAUAUUUCUGGUCGCAAUUAUUGUCGCAAUUUGCUCUUUAAUACGUUCGCGUCGUCGUUUCGUACACUAUCGUGGUGCGAUACCACCGCAUAGCGGGCGUUUGCAACACGCGGAAUUGUGUACCUCUAUGUUCUCUUCAAGUAGCGAUUCAGCGCAGUCAGCACGUUUUGGCAGUAAACUCUUUAUACCCUAUUAUCCAAACGCUUUGCCAUACGGCAGGGUCUACUGAAGGACAUUACACAUAUCAUUUUAAUAUUUUAUAUAAUAGUUAUUAAGUAAAUUUAAUUUAUUUUAAAAUCAAUUCUAAACAGAGAACUAACUAUCACUCAAGACUGAUUUGUAUAUUUUUUGUAUUGAUUUUACUUCUGAGAUUAUCCAAGCGGUAAAGAAUUUUGAAAACAUUUUACUAAUAAACUCAA